UUUCUGAACAGUUUCCGAAAAAUUUCAUGGGUUUCUGUGUUUGACGGCAACGUCAGCUCCUAACGAUCGAUCAGUUUUAUAUUUUCAGAAGGUUGAAACUGUUAAGCGACUUCGCAUCUUUCCCUGUUCCACUGAUUCAGCUGUGCCAUCUUUUGCAUUUUAACAGUGUUUUUUUCUUACAAUGAAGAGGACUAUGCCAUGGAGUGAUGAUGAUGACGAGUCAUCAUCUUCUCAUUCAGAUUCUGAACGUGACAGUGAAACUGGAGGGCAAAAUUCCAAGGGGAAAUCUAGGAAGCAGAAAAGUGCUGUAAUUGACUUUGAAGCUCUGAAGCGACACGGGUACAAGGGUGGACCUUCAGUCCUAAAGGUACCCACCCCCAAAGAAGGCGACGACUCAAAACAAGAUUGGUCAUGGUCUACUGGUAAAGAAAAGCGUGAAGAUAAGGAAAUUAAAGAAUCAUAUGAAGAGCGAAAGAAAACAAGAGAGGCUAUUUCCCAAGGAGAGCAACUGCCAACUGCUCUGACUAGGAAUGAGAAGAAGAAUCUCUCUUUCUCUCAGAAGGAAAAGAGGAAGAGAGAAUUGGGUCAGGCAAGCAGGGGGAAAAAUUAUGUUGAAGAAGAGAAGAGGUUGUUGAGAGAGAGUGGAAUCUAUUCUGGUUUUGAUGCUUGAUCUGCCAUCUAGAAUCCCCUUCGUCUUGUACAAAGGCACAAAUCUUGUACAAAGGCACAAAUCUUGUACUGAAGAUUUGGAUGUAACUUCACUCGGGUUUGUUGUGUUUAUAACUUGAAAGAUAUGAAUUGGGGAUAUCUACUAUGGUCUCAAGUUAUUUAGGAACCGUUUUAGGUUAUAAACGACCGAGAUUCAUUAAGCCUUCUUUUUGUAACAAAAAAAAAAGUUUAGAGGAAUUUCUUCUAGUAUUUAAUUUAUUUCGUUGAGACAAUUUUGGAACCGAGCAAUUUUUUCAACUUACUUUAACAUAUUACAAACUAUGAAGAUAUAAUAU